UACGUUCAUGCUGGUGCAGGGCAGUCGUCCCGUUUGUCGCGGUGAAAUGACCAGAGGGCGCUGGGGCCUGCCAGUCAAGGAGUCGAUUGGCGCUCCGGCGUCACUGAUCCACUGACUCGUCGCCCGCUGACGGCGGUUGGUUGGCGGGUCCUCCUCCUCCUCCUCCUUGGCCUUACAUAGGCUCACACCGCAUACAAUUAUCACUGUUCUGCGUAGCGAUGCCCAAACUGGAGGCGGACGAGGUUGCGGCCUUCACAGGGCAUUCCCGACCCACUGACCCUACCACACGCGUCUUCGACGCCCUACCGCCCGAACUUGCAGACCGCGUCCCAUGGGAUGUCUGCGACCACAUCAUCUCCUCGCUCGUCGGCGACCAGGACGCCCUAUGCAGGCUCGCCCUCGUCUCGCGCGCGUGGAACGAGCGAGCCACCGCCGUGCUGUUCUCCGACGUCACCAUCCGGAGCAGCAUAAUGCUGGACUCGCUCGCCCGUCUGGCGGUCCAGGACCCUCGCGUCCGCGCGCACCUCGCAAAGACCAGGAUGCUCCGGCUGCGCCAGAGGACCGCCCAGGAGAAGGCGACCGCCUUCGUGCACGCGGUGCCGCUCGUCCUCGGGACCCUGCUGCCCGGCCUGCGGUGCGUCAAGAUGGAACACUGCCCGAAGACCGCGGUCCAUCCUACCUUCUUCAUCUCGCUCCCUGUGUUCAAGUCCGUGACGUCGCUCAAACUGUGUUUCUUCCUCUUGCACAGUUUCUCUGAGCUGCGGCGCAUCAUCUGCGCCUUCCCGCAGCUGCGCACGCUCAGCAUCCACUACGCGAACGUGCUCCAAAGCACGACGAGAAGAACCGCACUCGCGAAUGCUCACAGCCUCGAUCGCGCUCUCCCUCGCUCGUCGGUGAAGCUGGAGUAUCUGAGUCUCGGGUGGGACAUGCCCGCCUCGCUUGCGAGUGAGCUCGUAGACUGGCUCGUAGGCUCGUCUGCCUUGGAUGCCCUCUCGAUGAUGGAGCUCUACCUGCGCGAGCCAGAGCGUAUGCCGCCCAUGAACCGCCUGCUCGAGGCUGCCGGCUCUUCGCUUCUAUGGCUGCGCGAGGUAUACUGGGACGUCGACACUGACCUGAAGCUGCACUGCGCCCUCACUCCCAACACCAACCUCCAGUCGAUCGAGGUCAACCUCGGCUCGACCUCGUGGGCCGGCGCAGCCCUCGAGCUCCUCACCUUCCUGCAGACCGUCCAGAGCACGCAGCUCCAGCGCCUCCGCAUCUGGAUCCAGUCCUCCAAACCCUGGACGCCAGAGGGCGAGCACCCAGACAGCAUGCACAGCGCAGGCAGCUUCCGCGUGUUACACGCGGAGCUGGCGCGUAAAGCCUUCGACGCCUUGCAGAGCGUCAGGGUCGUCGUGACGGUGCACUACGACGACGAGCGGUGGGACCGUCUGGCCGCUGAUGCGGCCGCGGACAACAUCGUCACCGGGAUACGGGUCCUGCUUGCGCCGUGGGAUGCACGAGGGGUUCUGGAGACCGUCAGAAUGGAAUGGAGGGACAGGCCUGUGGACUGACCCACGACAUGGAAAAUUUGUCGAGCGCAUGUUGUAUGUAAGGCUUCUUGUCGCCUAACCAGUUCAUCGCCACACUUGUCUAGGGCUAUAGAAAUGCCAGUGGUCG